AUGCCAAAUGCCGAUCAGUUCAAACAAGUGCUACGAUCAGACCUUCUUCUGGCUCACUACAACCCUGAGUUGGAAACAAUCGUGGCAGCUGAUGCGUCUAACUACGGUGUCGGUGCCUGUCUAAUGCAUCGCUAUGCUGAUGCUCCAUAUCAUCCUCAAUCAAACGGCCAGGCCGAACGAUUUGUGGAUACCCUAAAGCGCAGCCUUCGCAAAAUAAUGCCCAGCACAGGAAACUCGAUUGCCAAAUCACUGCAAAUAUUUUUAUCAACAUAUCGAAGCACUCCUAACAAAUCGGCACCAGAAGGUAAAUCCCCAGCGGAAAUCCUGAUGGGGAGGAAACAUAGGACAAUGUUGGAUCUACUGAAACCCAAGAAGUUUGAAUCAGACCAUCUGCAUGUGGAGCAAGAAGUUCAAAACAACCAAUUCAACAGGAAGCAUGGGGCGCGGUUUCGAACUUUUAAAAAAGGUGAUCACGUCUACGCCUCAACUAUCAAGACUGGGAAAUUGGUAUGGAUGGAGGCUGUCAUCAUCGAGCGAAUCGGGAACGUGAUGUUCAACGUGUGGUUGAACCAACAGCGAAGACUCAUCCGCUCUCAUACGAACCAGUUGCGUGCUCGGGGGGACCAUCAAGUCGAGGCCUUAGUACCUGAGGAUCAGCGUGUAUCGAGUAGGCUUCCGUUACAUGUUCUACUUGGUGAUUUCGGGUUGAGUAAUUCUGAAGGCGAGGAUGAAUUACUGAUUCCAGAUACACCGAACACAGUGGAGCAGCUUCCUAAGGAAAAAAAUCGUCCUGCUGUUCUUCUGAGAAGGUCAACAAGAAUAAGGAGAAUGCCGACUCGGUACAACCCAUACUUCUAUAAAUAA